GGACACGCCUCCUUUGGGAUGUACUGCGUGGUGUUCCUGGCGAUGAGUCCGCGCCCUCUCCCGUCCCAGCGCUACAUGCAGGCGCGGCUCUGCUGGAAGUGGACACAGCUGCUGCGGCCCACGGUCCAGUUCUUCCUGGUGACCUUUGCCCUCUAUGUGGGCUACACCCGCAUGCCUGAUCACUGGAGCGACGUCCUUGCUGUUCUCCUGCAGGGGGCGCUGGUGGCUGGCCUCACUGUCCGCUACAUCUCAGACUUCUUCAAAGCCCGACCCCCACAGCACUACCUGAAGGAGGAGGAGCUGGAAAGGAAGCCCAGCCUGUCACUGACAGUGGCCCUGGGCGAGGCUGACCACAACAACUCUGGGUACCUGCACUCCUCCUCCUGA